UGAAAGCAACGAUCGACAGACUGAGAAACAUCGCGAGAGAUAAGAAGACGCUGUGAAAAGGGUGAAAAGCAAGACUGAUGGUAUUGAAAAGGAAGAUUCCUGUUUCAAGACGAGCAUGAUCACAUACUGUGGCCGGUGUGCAGUUGACAUUUCGAGGUGCUUGUGCUGAUCAAAAACAUGUGGACGAGCCGCAACUUACUGUACCAUCAUACGCAGACCUGGAGGAGCAAGAGCUCUCCCUGAUUCUUGGCGAUCUGAGAAACUUGGUAGUCAAAGAUCUCUUUUUAGGCGAGUUUCACCCUGACUGAAACGUCAGCCGGGAGCCCAGGGUUUCUGUAUUUGUCUUUUCCUUUGACAAAGACAUCAGGAGAAAUAUUAGCAGAUGGAUUUGAUGGUUUAUUUUGGACCUCAGCUGUUCCUACUCCUUCUGUCCAUGGCAGAGAACUUCAGUUGAGAUUGCUUUUGGCAGUCACGUUCGGAUCUAAAAAAGAUUCGUUUUGACAGACCAUCUAGAUUCGAUAGACAGCCAGUCGCACACUUGCUUGGCCUCCAAAGGCAUCACCCAUCUCUUCAAAUUUGAGUGGACUCUUUGGAAUCCGGGUGAAUAUAUACGACGUGAUGGCCUGACGGAGUUUCCGAACUAUUCUGGUGCCGAUAGUCGUCGAAGGAAGAUCUAGAAUGGAGGUUGUGCUGCUCGUAUCAAGUGCGUGCUCGGUCGAUCAACAUAUGCGCUGCUUAAAAUUUCCCACCCCGCUCUGUGGCCUCUCAUCCAUUCGGGGCUUAGGUUGUUGGAAACCUCCUCACUGCUUUCUUACACAUUCUUUUAGCAAUGCGAAGCGCCGUCUAUCGAAAGAAUGCGGACCUUUGUUGGUUGGACGUCAACAAAGGCAUUGGACUGGACGUUAUCAGUACAGACCUGUCCAGGCGGCAGAUGAUUCCAACUUUUCAACGAAUAACACCGCUCCAGAUGGGAAUUUCCUUCAAAUCAAUUCUCCAUUCCCUGCAGGCCCAGAUUCUCAGAAUGUCUCGGAAGUCGACAUUAGAAAAGAGGACAAAGUGCAUUUGUUCCAAGCACUUACACAGUUUGUGGACUCAAACUUUCUCCCCGUAGCUCUUCUAGGUGCAAUGCUUCUGGGUUUAACUUGGCCAGCUCCUGGUCAAGCUCUUCAUCGAAUGGGCAUUUCUAAGUGGGUCACGACGACCUUUUUCCUGCUCUUUGGAUUGACUUCAGGAAGUAAAGAUGUUGAGAAAGCAGCAUCGGCAUGGCCUGCAGGAUUGUUUGGCAUGAUUUCUAUUCUGCUCCUUACCCCGCUAGCGGCCAUUCCAAUCUUAUGGCUGCCAAUAACACCUCGAGAACUUGCUACAGGUCUGGCAAUAUUUGCCAGUGUUCCCACCACCCUUUCCAGUGGUGUCGCAUUGACACAGAUAGCCGGAGCCAAUAUCGGUUUGGCAUUGGGAUUAACGGUUUUUUCCAACCUCUUCAGCGUUGUCACAAUGCCGUUCUUUCUUACGGGAAUUGUCGGCCAAGGCAUUGGUGUUUCCAUUCCACCUGGACCACUUCUAAAGAGCUUGAUCCAAACUCUCUUGCUUCCACUUAUCUUGGGCAAGAUUGUGCGGGAGACCUUCCCUGAUUUGGGAAAGCUAAUGGAUAGUAAGAGGAAAUAUCUGUCGAAAAUCACGACUCUUCUCAUGAGCCUUGUGCCAUGGAUGCAAAUGAGUAACUCCAGAUGCAUGCUGCACCAGAUUGGACCGCUGGACUUGUUUAUUUCUAUUGCCGCUGGCUCGAUCCUUCACAUUGUGUACUUAAUCGGAAAUUCAGGUUUGAUGAAAGUUUGGCCUCUGCCCUCCGCUAAACAAGAUGUCUUCGAGGAUUUUAACUCACGAGCAGUUUUGAUUGUUUCGAGUGAGAAAUCUAUUAUAGUGGCGGUUGCUGUCAUCGACAGACUGGGAGGAGUGUUUGGCAAUGCUGGUCUCCUUCUGCUGCCUUGCAUUGCUGCUCAACUCAUCCAGGUGACCAUAGACUCAGCCCUGGUCAGCACGUGGCUUCAAAGAGAUGCAGGAAAGAAGUUGGGAUCGUAUGCCACUCAGUAGCCCCUUGUCGGAAAGGCGAGACAGGGUUGCAGUCAGUUUCAGCCCACGGCCACCUUAAAAUCUCUUGGUGUGUUAUUCGAAGGUUGGGGUUUGAAGAUCUUGUGUUGUCUUCAUCAUGUCCAUCCUCAGGAAGAUUUUUAUUAUCAGUCCAUAUUUCAGUACAUUUAAGAUUUAAAACAGUUAUGUAUGGGUCUGAGUGGGCAGAAUAAGACCAUGAUUUGACAGGUCAAAUUCAUUGAUUUUAUGAAUUGGCAUUAUAAGAGUCGAUUCUGGAGAAGCAUGGUAAUGUUUCAAGAGGGAGUGUUUAUGAGGAUGAAGUUGUGAAUAGUAAGUGUAUACCAGGAGCCAUCAAGUUUACCAAUAUACUCGCAGGAAUUGUAUAUAUAUGAAAUUACUGAUACCAUCGUAGCCUUCAUUGUGGAGACUGAGGUCGAUCACCAUCUUGGACUGGUUUCACUGCUUUGAGUCGGAAAACUUAUGUGUCGAGGAUCUUGGGGACCGAGGUGGAUGACCAUCUAGGAAUCGCUUUACUUUUAACUCUCAGAA